CGUGAAAAACAAGCGAUGCUCAAGAGACUAUCGGGUGGUUUUGGGGAACACGUCGUCAAGAUAGAUCAGAAGCGGUUGCAUCUUAUUAGAAAUAAUAAAUAAUAAUUAAUGAAGACACACGUUAUCGGGAUACUUAAAUUUAUUGUUUCUCUUCGCUCUUGAACCAAGCAUUUUUUUAAACAUAAAAUAGCCUCAUUCAUACAGUUAUACUGAGAAAUCUUAAAACAGCACAUUGGCAUUUAUAAAUGCAUUAUUUAUUUGUAAUGAGUGAACUGGUGCAUGAUGAAACUGUUUAAACUGCGUGAAAGUAUAUUAGGCUCUUUUUAAUAUUUUAUCAUGUAUUUAUUUUACCAGGUAAGAGUUUGUUGCGGUAGAUACCUCUUUAGUGAACUGGUGAUUCAUAUUGCUUCUGGAAAUUGCUUCCUCAUUUUGGUUACCUUAUGUGGCCCUUCUCUACCACUUAUCUAUAUAAUAUAGAAACAAACUCUUCUGUGGCCACACGUAUAACCCCAACAUUACGUGGACUAGGGGAAGCGGUUUUAGAUAUCUCGCCGUUCAGACUGCACAUACGAAAUAAAAAAAAAACUUCUGCCCUUCUGAGGUCAAAUUGAAUUCUACUCGACUUCAGAUCGCUUACACGCUUAGUGACGUAAAUAGCGCCGGACGUUCUCUUUUCUGCGUCAUCAAAACGUCCCACUCUGGAGAAAAACAAAACCACGGUAUACUAAAAAACACCAACAGACACAAAUAUUUUGAAUUUGGUUGUUUAACAUAAAUACUAUUAUAAUGCCUCCUGGUAAAAAUUUUAGAAGAAGGAGAGCGGAUUCAGAUGACGAGGAAGAUGAGCAGACGACAGAAGUAGUACGGUCCAAAGUGGAUGAAGCGAAGGAAGUGCAGAGUCUCCGGAAAAGGCAACAUGGUGUGAGUGUGGCUGCCUUGUUGGUGGGUGAGAAGCUGCCGUUGGAAGCAGAGAUUGAGCAUGACCAUUUUAAAUUAAAGACAGGAGGCGUUGUGGAUAUGAAGAAGGUUAAAGACAGGAACAGAGACAUGACUGAAGACGAGACAGACCUGAACCUGGGGACCUCAUUCUCUGCAGAAACAAAUUGUCGUGAUGAGGAUGCUGACAUGAUGAAGUACAUAGAGACAGAGCUGAGGAAGAAGAAAGGGCAGGUGGAGGCAGAGGAGCAGAAGGUGAAGGUGAAGAAUGCAGAGGAUCUUCUCUACGAGCUUCCCGAGAACAUCCGAGUCACGUCCGCCAAGAAGACCGAGGAAAUGCUGUCCAAUCAGAUGCUGAGCGGCAUUCCGGAGGUCGACCUCGGAAUUGAUGCAAAGAUAAAGAAUAUAAUCACCACAGAGGAGGCAAAGGCAAAACUCCUGGCGGAGCAGAGGAAUAAGAAAAAAGACAACGGCACUUCCUUCGUGCCCACAAACAUCGCCGUGAACUACGUGCAACACAACCGCUUCUAUCGUGAAGAAGUUAAUGCACCAGCGAAAAGGAACAGAGAGGAACCCAAAGCCCGGCCCCUGCGCGUGGGAGACACUGAGAAACCAGAACCUGAACAAUCUCCUCUAAUCCGCAAGCGGCCAGCCAACGAGAAGGCCACUGACGAUUACCAUUACGAGAAGUUUAAAAAGAUGAACAGAAGAUACUGAAAUGCAGUGAUGAGGACACUCCCUGGGAAUCUGCACCUUUCUUUUUAUUUUGUAAAGCUUUGGUCCCAGUAUGCCUACAACAGAUCAGUAGUUACGGGAUAUCUAAGUCUGGUUUUGUGACUCUUUUAGUCCCCUUCACACACACAGUAUAAAGAUUACCAAUAACAUUUUUUGUUGUUGAUACUCAGUAUGUAUUAAAACAAAAUAUGUGGGAGAAAGA